UCUAUCCUCCCCGUCCUGCGGGCACCAGGACCGGCUGCUUGGCGUCUGUCUCGCGCCUGGCCGGUUGGAGGUUAUUUUUAGUGUCCGGUUGGUUCGUGUUGCAGUGUGGGGAGUCACGAUAGAUCAUUUUCCUCUACAGCCCAACCGGGAGACGCUCACGCCGAGUUACGGAGAAUCCUGGUAGAAUAACGGAUAUAACAGAUACGGGCCCUCCGUGAGCCUUAACCGGUGGAAUAACAAGCCCAGCUGUCCGGUAGGAAUUAAGGGACGACAUUGCCGAGCUUUUCUUAACGGAGAAAGGAUAUUUAAACCCCACGAACGCACCAUAGCCUACUGAAGCCGUUAUCAGAGAUGGCCAGCACCGGGACUGAGCGCGAGGAACCUCACGUUCCCCUGGACAAACUGAGACAUCCCGAGCCUGCAUUCAGAGAGGCGCAGAAGUGGAUCGAGGAGGUGACGGGAAAAAGUUUCGGUGAGAAGGACUUCCGGAGCGGCCUGGAGAACGGGAUCCUGCUAUGCGAGUUACUGUGUUCCAUCAGACCAGGUUUGGUCCAGAAAAUCAACAGACUACCGUCGCCCAUCGCUGGACUGGACAACCUGUCAGUGUUCCUCAGAGGCUGUGAGGAGUUGGGUCUGAAAGGUUCCCAGCUGUUUAAUCCGGGAGACCUUCAGGACACCUCCAUACAAGCCAACCUCAGGGACUCAGAAUGCAGUAGAAAACUGAAGAAUGUAUUAAUUACAAUAUUCUGGCUGGGGAAGGCAUCCAAUGUGUGUCCCUCCUAUGACGGCCCUGUCCUAAACCUCAGAGAGUUUGAGGGACUGCGAUCACACAUGAGAACGCUGAGUGAGGACAGGUCUGGGUCAGACAGUGUGAGGCCAGGUGUGAGGGACAGUGGUUACGACUGCUGGGACUCAGAGCGGAGUCAGUCUCUCUCUCCCCGACAACACACACGGGACAACUCCCUGGACAGCCUGGAUUCUUUUGGCUCGCGCUCCCAGACUAGCCCCUCCCCCGAUGUCAUCAUCCAUGGCAACAGUGAUGUUGACUCAGACGGCGAUGCCCCCAACAGGAAGGGAGAUGUCCGUCGUGAUGACAUGUUAGCUCGUCGUACGUCGGCCGGUGAAUCACGGACCUUUGUUCCCUUUAACCAGUUCCUGCCCAAUCGGAACGUCUCUGCCUACGUUCCCACCGCCAGACGCAGAUCACGGCCCCAGGAUGGAGAGCACGGCAGGUUGAGCAGGAGAGUGUCUAAGAUGUCUGAGGAGUUGGAGAGCAUAAGUAUAAUUAACAUGCACAGCGAGGAAGAGGGGGCGGGACUACUUCAGCCUCUCGGCCAAUCACGAUAUGACGGCAUGCAGGAACAGUACACCAAUCACCAGGAGGAGGAGGAAUGGCAAGACGACCUAGCCCGGUGGAAGAGUCGUCGCCGCAGUGCUUCUCAGGAUCUGAUCAGGAAAGAGGAGGAGAGGAAGCGGAUGGAGAGGAUGAUGAAGGAGGAGGAGGGAGGCCACACCCAGAAGAAGAAGAACAUCAAGACGUACAGAGAGAUCGUAGAGGACAAAGAGCGUAGGGAGGCGGAGCUGUGUGAUGCGUACAGGAGGGCGGGCUCUAAGGCGGAAGCUGCCAUGGUUCUCCAGCGUUACGCUCUCCGCUUCACCAUCAGUGAUUCAACGCUGGACAGUCUGCAGCUACCUAGAACCAUUACUACUGACCAGAACCCUGAUUCUAGAACACCUGCUACCAACCAGAACCCUGAGUUUAGAACCACUACUACCAACCAGAAUCUUGAGUCUAGAACCAUUACUACCAACCAGAACCCUGAGUCUAAAACCAUCACUACUGACCAGAACCCUGAGUCUAGAACCAUUACUACUGACCAGAACCCUAACCCUAGAACCAGUAUUAAUAACCAGAACUCUGAGUCUACAACCAUUACUACUGACCAGAACUCUGAGUCUACAACCAUUACUACUGACCAGAACCCAGAGUCUAGAACCAUUACUACUGACCAGAACCUUGAGUCUAGAACCAUUAGUACUGACCAGAACCCUAAGUCUAGAACCAUUACCUCUGACCAGAACCCUGAGUCUAGAACCAUUACUACUGACCAGAACCCUAACCCUAGAACCAUUAUUACUAACCAGAACCCUGAGUCUAGAACCAUUACUGCUGACCAGAACCCUGAGUCUAGAACCAUUACCCCUGACCAGAACCCUGAGUCUAGAACCAUUAUUACUGACCAGAACCCUGAGUCUAGAAGCAUAAUUACUAACCAGAACCCUGAGUCUAGAACCAUUACUGCUGACUACAACCCCGACUCUGACCCUGACAACCCAGAACGAGCUGGAAACGGACUAGAGGCCCUGCAGACUGACACAAAGCAAGAGCCCCGAGCCCCCCCCAAAAAACAAAUCUCUGUCACACACACCCAACACACACAGCUCCAAACCCAAAACACCCAACACACCCAACACACGCACACACAAAACCACUCCACACAAAGUCAGCACACACUCCCCCCUCCCAUCUCCCCCCCCUCCCGGCCCCUCCCUCUCCUAACAGCCAAGCCCUACUGCCAGCCACCAGAGACACAGCCUGGACACAAUCCUGUUAAGGUAGAUGGCUUGGUGAGGGUGAAUGGAGAGACUCUCCCGUCCUCCCCGCCUUCCUCAGCCCUUCAAUCCCCCUCCUCACCCAUUCACUCCCCCCCACCCACCGAACACCCUGGUGCCAAUCAGAAGACACAGGUGUCGGCCGUCAGCGCCCUGAUUGGAGGGAGGAACUGUGUUGUCACGACGACCAUUGUGACGGAACUUACCCAGACACACCUGCAGCCACGUCCGUUAGAUAUGCUCAGCAACACACAGGUGAACGGCUCCAUGGCAUUGUCAAGGAGAUCAGGGGAGGAGGCGGGGUCUGACUCUUCAUUGCUUAGUAACCAGCACACCUACUCAUCCUCGGUGACAGGAGGACUGGAGGGGAGCAGUGGGACGAUGGAGAGCCCCAUGUUGAACCUGGCUAAGCGUGUAGAUCACUGGGUGUGGAACCCUGAGGAUGAGAGGAGACGACAGGAGAAGUGGCAGCAGGAGCAGGAGAGAUUCCUACAGGAGCAGUACCUCAGGGAGCAGGAUAAACUGAAAGGGGAGUGGGAGAGAGCGCAGAGAGAGGUGGACGAGGAAGAACGAAGACACAAUGAAGAGGAGAAGAAGAUCCUGGAGGAGACGGCAACGGCCCUUUCUCAUCCACCUCCCACAGAGCUCGCUGUUCAGACAGAAGUGAUCGUUCCGGCACAACAGAUCUAUGCAUCAUGGGACUGUGAGUCAUCCAGGGGUCAGGAGACGUCUCUGGACCGCAACCAGCCCUGCGCCGUCAAGAGGUCAGGAUCGUAUGAGGGCCCACAUCCACCUUCAUCAUCCCCAUCAUCACCUCAACCGCCCUCCCCCAGCAGGUGUGUGAGUGGUAAGCGUCAGUGUUCAGGUUGCAAUCAGGCGCUGGGGAAAGGAACAGCUAUGAAUAUCGACACGCUGGGCCUGUACUUCCACCUAACCUGCUUUAAGUGUGGAGUGUGUAAGGUACAGCUAGGUGACACCAGUUCAGGAACAGACGUUAGGAUCCGUAACGGGCUGCUGAGCUGUCACGACUGCUAUGCCACAUCACACGCAGUUGGCCAGCCGACUACGCUGUGAUUGGCUACAGCCUGCAUCUGGAACCCUUCACAACAUUCUGGAACGCUGUGGAAUUCUCUUAACUGGACACACAAACUUCUCCCAGAUGAUGUCAUGGAGACUGAACUGUCUGAUGCUAACUGAUGCUAAUGGAGGCUAACUGCUAAGUGCUAGCGUUGUAGCUGAUCAACCAGUUUUUCCCAGACUGACUUGAGUACAGAGACCUGAAGCA